AUGACAUUUUACCAGAAUAGCAAACCAACUGACUCAACAAAACAUUUUUCUAUUCACAUGAACGGCUCAACUCCCCUCAGGAAUGGAGUAAAACAGCAACAACCUAGACAUUCAAUAAUUUCAAAUUUGUCUAGUAGAGAUGAGCUGUUUGCUGAUGAUUUGCUUUAUACUAGAGAAGAGAGUUUUUGUACUUACACACCGCUGAAGAUUCUUGUGACGACAUUCAAUGGUUUGUGA